ACAUGUCGAGACUGGUCGAUACACGUAUGAGCCGCGGUGGGCGGGGCUAACAACGACACGGACAAAACACCAGCAGCUCUUCUUAUGUGCCAGUUAUUUUUAACACACUUAGAUUCCCUUAAAUGCCUUCAACGUUUUAAUAGAGGAUAUUUCAAUGAAUUUACGCUGUUAUUUUCAACAUGAAAGUUUUUGCAACUUUUUUCUUCACUGGGCUGAAGAACGUGAAGUCGCUCAGGGAGGGAAAUAACGGUACAGGACGUUAGCCGAAUGUUAGCUAAGCAGCAACAGUUGGUCUGUUGGUUGGUCAACUAGCUAACUGACAAAAACGGUCAUGGAGCGCGCGACUUUUUCAAAGUACUCUUGGAUAGAUUUCGCCUUCUCUGUGAUCGGAGUGUGUACCUUCCUGGUGGACUGGGGCUCGGACGUGUGGGUGGCCACCGAGUUUUACUGCCGAGGGGACAUCUUCUGGUUCGGGGUUCUGGUCGGCCUCAUGGUCCUGUCGUCGGUCGUGGUCCUGUUCAGCUGGUUCUGGUUCCAGUAUGACCGCAAGCUGCCGGGGUUCGGCAGCGUGCAGACCGGAGGAGGAACCGUGCUGUUCGGGGACCGAGUGAAGCUCUCCUGCCUGUUUCAUGUGCUGCAGCUGGGCUUCCUUUGCAGGCACAUCUCGGCCAUACGACAAGGCUUCAGGGUCUGGUGGCGGAAAGCGGAGGGGUCGGAGUACGCUGUCUACCUGACCCACGACCUGAGCAUGCUCCGACUCAUCGAGACGUUCUGUGAGAGCGCUCCUCAGCUCACUCUGAUGAUCUACGUCAUGCUGCAAACAAACAAGACCCGGACUGUACAGUUUGUGAGCAUUGCUGCCUCCACCACCUCCAUCGCCUGGAUGGUGGUGGAUUACCACCGCUCGCUGCGCUCCUUCCUCCCAGACAAGGCCAAGCAGGGCUGGUGCUCCUCUUUAAUCUACUUCCUGUGGAACCUGCUGCUAAUCGCCCCACGUGUGGCGGCCCUCGCCCUCUUCGCCUCGGUCCUGUCGGGGUACAUCGGCGCUCACUUCCUGAUGCAGUGGUUCGUUUUCGUGAGCUGGGCCUGGCAGCAGGAGACCCACUUUAUGGACAGCCCGGCUGGGGAGUGGCUGUACCGCUCCACCGUGGGGCUCAUCUGGUACUUCAGCUGGUUCAGCGUGGCAGAGGGACGCACCAGAGGCAGGAGCAUCAUCUACCACACCUUCAUCACCGCUGACGGAGGCAUCCUGCUGGCCACCUGGUGGUGUUACAGAGACCCUGUCCAGACGGAGUCGUACGCCCUGGCUCUGCUCAUCGCUUUGCCUUUCAUCUACCUCCUGGGACUGCUCCUGAAGACCCUCUACUACUGCUGCUUCCACCCCAAGCUGUGGAGGCCCCUGGUGAGGGAGCCAGGGCUGCCUGAUGAUCUGCCUGAUGCAGAAGUGCCCUUGAAAGAAUUUUCCAUCCAGGACGGUGCCCUGUCCUCCAAACUACACAACAAACGGAUGGCCUGCCAUGCAGCUCAUUUUUACUCCGAGAAAGGAGCUGUUAAAAACCCUGAUAGCCCUAAAAGAGCUGAGCCAUCACCUCUGUGAUAUCGGACUUUUUGUUUGUCACAGCCAUCUGUGAACUGAUGGUGUAGUGAUAGGAAGUAAUAAUCUACUGUUUUCUAUUUGUGCUGUAAUCUCACCAGGUGCUCAGAAUAAUUUGAAAAUACUAGAUCAAUUACAAUACUUGAAACUAGGAGUAAGCAAUAGAGUGCUGCAGGGAUUAAGUAUUUUGGAGGCCAUCAUUCUGCAAGGGCCAACGGCUAUGUUUGCUAUGUGGCAAACAAGUUUAUCAUGCCAACUCAUUUUCCCAGCAAGAUAUUCUCCGUAAAAAUUAUCUCGUCUUCAAGCAUUUAAGCGUAAAUGCUAACAUUAUAAACGUUGUAAAAAGCUUCAAACCAACUACACUACAGUCACAUGACUUCAGCAUCACCACGACUGUGAUCACAUAAUGACGUUCAAGUGUCCCUUAAAAUGUCUGACGCCUUAAUUAGCAUCUUGUUAGCACACACCUAUUUUUUUUUAAAUACCUUUUUUAGUAACCCAGAUAUUUCAUCACAUUGAUGCAAAAACCCUAUAAACUACUGAUGCCAUUGAAAAGUCCUCCAUUCCAAAUGAUCAAUUAUUUUUGUUUGAAUGACCUCAUUACUCUCGAAUGUCUCUGACAGCAGCAACAUGAAAACAUUUCUAUUUACAUAUAAAGGGAUUUAGUUGAACAGUAGCCUUUUAUAAUGUGCGACUCAGAUAUGAGUAGACCUGGUUUCCCCGUGUACAGUAGAUAACCUGAUCUGAUAUUUUGGGGCGCUUUGUUAAACUGGCUUUGUUACGAAGACGUCUUUUAUGAACAAAACAUCAAAAGCUAUCAAGCUUAUUUCCUCUAAACUAACCUUAAACUAAUUCAAAAUCCAUAAGCAACACCACGAGGGGUACAUGGUACGGAAAUGCUGACUCAUUCCUGUUUUUGAAGACUUAUUCCUGCAGCACUCUAUCCUUUUCAUAUCAGUACAUUCAUCAGAAUAUAUAAUGCGAUAUAGCCAUUUUUAUUUAUUUGUACUAAUCCAGAUACUUCAUCACAUUGAUGCAAAUACCAUAUAAAACAACUGUUGCCAAGCCCUUCUCAGUGAUGUGCAACCUUGCCACAGUGUGAUAAACACGCUCUAGAAUUGACCACAGUAUUAACUCUGAGUGUUAUAAUCUCAUGGUCAUAUUUCUCAACUGUACUUGAAACUGGGGGUCAUUUUAUUAGGUAACUUCUAAAAGUGAAGGCUUCUUUUUAUUUGAUAGAUUGGAUUGUUAAUAUUUACAACAUUGAGGAAAUUGGUGUACAUGUUACUGGGACGGACUUGUUAUAUGCCUUUACUACCCUGUAUUUCCACAAUACA